AACCGUCUCCAGAGACAUCUAUAUAAAAUGGCCUUGACUUUACGCCACGUUGCUCUUCUCUCUCCUCCCACUACAACUCUCGCGACUCGCCUCCUACGAACAACGCCACUCUCACUCUCCACCUCUCGCACUACCAAGCUCUUCUCUGGUUCGGCCAUGGCGUCCUCUACUCGAAAGGUUUUGGUUCCGAUUGCGAACGGGACGGAGCCGAUGGAGGCGGUGAUAACGAUCGAUAUACUGCGGCGCGGCGGCGCUGACGUUACGGUGGCCUCCGUCGAGAAGCAGCUUCGCGUCGAUGCUUGUCAUGGAAUGAAGAUUGUUGCCGAUGCCCUAAUUUCGGACUGUUCUGACACCGUCUUUGAUCUCAUCUCUCUUCCUGGUGGAAUGCCUGGUGCUGCCUCUUUUAGAGAUUGUAAAAUUUUGGAAAGCAUAGUGAAAAAGCAAGCGGAAGAUGGACGGUUCUAUGCUGCAAUAUGUGCAGCUCCUGCCGUGGCACUUGGAUCAUGGGGUUUGUUGAAGGAGAAAAAAGCAACGUGCUAUCCAUCUUUUAUGGAGCAACUAUCAUCUGCUGCAACCACAGUUGAAUCAAUAGUGCAGCAGGAUGGAAAAGUUGUGACAAGUCGUGGGCCUGGCACUGCCAUGGAGUUCUCCGUUGCACUGGUUGAGCAAUUAUUUGGGAAAGAUAAAGCCAAUGAAGUAUCUGGGCCAUUGGUGAUGCGUCCUAAUCAUGGAGAUGAAUAUACAGUGCUUGAGCUAAACCCAAUGGAGUGGACAUUUGACAACUGUCCAAAGAUUCUUGUACCUGUUGCUGAUGGCACUGAGGAAAUGGAAGCUACUAUGAUCAUUGAUGUUCUCCGACGGGCAAAAGCAGAAGUUGUGGUGGCUUCUGUGGGAGAGAAACUAGAAAUCAUGACUUCUCGAAAAGUGAAACUAGUUGCAGACAUGCUUCUUGAAGAGGCUGCCAAGCUCUCAUAUGAUCUUAUCGUGCUGCCGGGUGGACUUGGUGGUGCCCAAGCAUUUGCUGACUCAGAAAAACUGGUAAGCUUGCUAAUGAAGCAGAAUGAAGCUAAUAGACCUUACGGGGCGAUCUGUGCAUCCCCAGCUCUGGUAUUGGAGCCUCAUGGCUUACUCAAGGGUAAGAAGGCCACAGCUUUCCCAGCAAUGUGCAACAAGCUAUCAGACCAGAGUGCAGUUGAAAACAGGGUGGUAGUUGACGGCAAUCUCAUCACCAGCAGAGGGCCAGGAACCUCCAUGGAGUUCUCACUGGCCAUCGUGGAGAAGCUAUUCGGGCGCAAGAAAGCGCUUGAGCUUGCAAAGACAAUGGUUUUUGUUCGGCCAUAGAUCUUGUACCCAAGUGUGUUUUCCUUUUCCCCUUGCACCUAUGAACUUGCUUCCAGGGACUAAUGUGAAAGUUGGAUCCAUAUCUUAAUAUAUGUAUCAAAGUUUGCGGGUCUUGUACAGAAGUUUAUAUAUAUAUAUAUAUAAAUGAGUUGAGGACUGGACUGCAUAUUUAAACUA